GCAAGCAUCACUAAUGAUGAUGAUUUGAUGAUGACGAUGGUGAUGAUGAUGACGAUGAUGACGCACAGCGCCCUGUGAUGACCAAGGAAUGAUGAUGGUAUUGAUGACGAGCACCUUUGAUGAUAACCUGAUGAUGAUGAUGUUGCUGAUGAUGGCGAUGAUGAUGAUGAUGAUGAUGAUGAUGAUGAUGAUGCAAAUGAUGGUGUUGAUGACGAGCACCUUUGAUGAUAGAACCCUGGUGAUGAUGAUGGUGGUGACGAGCGGCACCCUGAUGAUGAUGACGAAUCAUUAUCGUGGUGACGAUAUCGAUGAUGAGCCACGCCCUGUUGAUGCUGCUGCUGAUGAUGAUGAUGACGAGCAGCACCCUGACGAUGAUGAUGCUGGCAAACCUUGAUGAUGAUGAUGAUGAUGACGAACAUCAGCUUGAUGACGAACUGCGCCCCGGAUAACCUCGUUGUGAUGGCGAUAACAGUGCUGAUUGUACUUGAUACCAUGUCCAAGCUCCGCCCCUGGUGACGAAAGCAGUAGUGAUAGUGAUGGCAAGGAUGAUGGCGAGCAGUACCCCAAUGGCAGGCCGUUACUGUAAUCACUCACACUUCAGGGUACCUAGGGCUAACUCCACUGUACUCCACAGACAUCGACAAAGCCAACGCCUCUCAGGCUGAAAGCCACGUGCAGCAACGCAGCGGCAAUGGAGUAAAACGUGGAACUCCCG